UCGCGUUGUUUGUCUUGCAAGGACAAUAAUUUAUUUUCUACAAUCAUUUGUGUGAAAAAAAUUGACAAAAUAUACGAAAAAUUGUGAAAAAAUAUUAAAUUAAUAAAUUUACAAAGAGAAUACAUAAAAAUACAAUUGAUUGUUUGUGAUAAAGUUAAAAAUUUAAGCGAUUGAACGCAAUGGAUCCCUUUACACAGCGGAUGCUUGAAAAAGCCGAACAACGCAGCAAAGCGCUAGGAAUAAGCAAAGCGACCAAAUUUGACCUUCCUCAAAGUGAAAAUACGACUCCGGUUUUCAAGAAGCCGCCUACACAACAAACGAAGGCCUUGACUACUUCGGCAAGCAGUUCUACGCCUUUGCAGCAAAGCAAUUCUGCACCAUCGUCAUCAAAUAACAACCGAUUGAAUGUCGUCCAAAAGAAAGUCGAGAACUUCAACGAUAAGAAUAACGAAAAUAAUUUGUCCCAAGAUAAAGUCCGUCGACAAUUUGCUGUGGACAAAGAAAAUAUGGAUCUGGGCAUUGAGAUAAACAUAACUACAGCGAAAAAUGUUGAAGUUCAAGUGCAAGUUGAAGAACAAGAAACAAGUGAUGACAGCAGUGAAUGUGGCAAUCAACCUGUGGCUAAAUUACGGGAUACUUCUCGUAAUCGAUUACAACGUCUUGGUGCAUUAUAUUCAAAUAAUGAAAUAUCAUCACCAAUCCAUCGCACCGAAGGUAAUUUCCAUGAAGGCCAAGAUGACGACACAGAAGUCGUGUCAACAAAACCAAAACAACGUUUUGGUAAACUCGCUGCUCUAGCGAAUUCGAUAAAUAAUUGGGAAGAUGAUACUGCUCACAUUGAUGUCAAAUCUGUGGAAUUAAAACCUGUCGAAGAGGCAACAUCAUCACCCAAGAAAAUAAAUGAAAAUAAAUCGGUUUCCCGAAGAAGUCCUCAGCGGAAACCACAGAUAGUUGAACAUCAACUAAAAGAAAAGCCACAAACGAAAAAUAAGGAUGAUGAUAUGCCAAGCACUUCAUCAAAGACGAAGCAUUUAAAAUGGGAUCAAAGGGUAAUGGAUACCUUGGAGGCACAAGGUUUCCAGCGAAGAGACUCAACAAAUCCAAAAUUGGCAUACGAAUACGAUAAACAACCAACCGCAGCCGAAAAUGCCAAACAAGACAAGGAAGUGGUUAAACAAACUACAAAAACAGACAACAAACAAAAACCAGUAGAUUCGAAGAAAUCGGAAUUGCCGCCAACCGUCAAAACAGGCCUUGUGUCAGGAAGAGCUGCAGUUUUCGAAAACAAAGCUCAAAACGUUGCACCAGCCAAACCACAAAAAGACCCCACCGAACUAACCCUCAAAGAACGUAUGAAUCUAUUCGAAAAGAACAAAGGCGAAGCCCUUAUGCCAAAAGCCGCAUUCGGAAUGGCUCCAUCGAUAAAUAAAAUUCGUCAGGAUAGUAAAAAGGUAGCAGAAACUAUUGCAGCUACCAAACAAGCUGUAGAGGAAUACAACAAAGCACCGAUUCCGGUUGUUAAAGGCAACGCGGAUACUGCUGUCCGCAACAAAGUGGCUGCUUUAGUAGCGAAUGCCUCAUCAACAAUAUCCGAGAGUAGAAUCAAAGCCGAAAUCACUAAGCAACGAAAGGAGGAUAUGCAGGUAAUUGCAAAUCGUUUCAAUAGGCAAAAAGAGCAAUUCCAAAGGGAAACCAAGGACAACAACCAGAACGAGGAUGACAACGGUGAUGCUGAUGCUGAUGCUGAUGACGAUGAUGACAGUGAUUAUGUUGAUAGUGCAAGUAAGAGAGAAAUUCAACGGAAGAACGAUAAAAUAACAAAAAGCUCAUCAUCUAUGGUGCCACCGCCACCACCUCCACCAAUGCCAGCCACAGCCAACACGAGUACCUACAAAAGACGAAGUCCUGGUAAUGCAAUUGAUGAAAUAAAACGUGCCAGAAAAUCAAAUGAGAAGAAACCAACUUCGACAAGUAAUGGCAAUCGAUUAUAUCCGGGUUUGUCUGAUUUCGAAUCGAAUGAAUCCGAUAACGAUAAUUGCACUACUGCAACCGUAUCAGCCGGGGAAAAUCAACGUAAUCGAGAGCAAUUUAAUGAUAGUUACAUGGAUUCAGAAGAAGACAGCACAGCAGGUAUUUGUAAUGUAAGCUUGGGUCGUGAAAUAAUGCAAGUUGUGCAGUCGAAUGAAUCACACAACAAUAAUGCAGUUGGAAGACAAAAGGGAGUUCGGUACGCUGAAAAAGAUCAGUACUAUGGUGACAGUUCAAUAAAUUCAUCCGAAGAGGGUUCAAUGGGUAUGGAUGACUAUCUAGAUGAGGCGCUCGAUGAAGAUGCUGAUAAUUAUGAAGAAAGUAACGAUGACAACGAUGAUACAGACGAACAAAAUGAUAGCAAAGUAUCCAAAUCGAGCAAAGGAACAACAGCAUCGAAUAGUUUCUCGUUCAAGAAGACACCAAAAAAAUACACCCAUUGCAUGCCAAUUUCUGAGGAAAACGAUGAUUAUCAAACAACUUCUGUUACCCCUUAUCCAACGCCAGUUAAAUCAGCUUUGACGGUAAAUCAGUCUGAAGAUGAAAAUAUGGUUACACUUGUACACACAGUCAGUUUCUAUCGACGUCAACAGAACUCAAAUAGCAACAAUUCAACACCAGUUCGUAAAAUCAAUCGAGAACAGCAAAACCAACGUAAUACUGAUGGCGAAAACAAUAGAUAUCAACAUCAACAUCAGCAGUACCAUCAACAACUGUACAAUGAUAAUCAUAAUAACGACACAGAAGGCUACUCCGAAGAAGAUGAAUCUAACUCUGAGUGCGAGGUAGCAGACGAGGGUUAUUUGGUGCAGGACAAAAUCAAAAAACUCUUAGAUGAGGUUUGCAAACAGCAACAGGUUAUUGGACAAACAAGUCAGGCGUUAAAUUUGUGUGCAUCGACAAUUGAAUUUUCCGGAUCAACUGAAUCUGUGGAAGGCGAACGUCAUUUAUUAGUUGCAACACAUCGUCGACAAGCAUCUCUGGAUGAAAUCCAAAGACUGCGUGUUGAAAACAGUCUUCGGCCACUUGGCGCACCAAAAGAAAAAGGUCGCCUUACCAUCAAGGAAAUAACUAUUCCGCUAAGGCACGAUUACAUAAGGAAGUUAUCUGCUGAUACAAUUUCUGGGCAUCAUUUAGUUUGUCUAUUGAAAUACAACGAACAUGUUUUGGCAACUAAGACCGUUCCAACGCUCCCCGGUCUGGUUGCUGUUAAGUUUCCGGAUGUUUUGCAAAUGAAUAAUGUUUAUGCUGAUUUUAGGGUAACACUUGAAAUCUACGGAAUGACAGCUCAAAGAGAAGUCCUCCCACAUGAAGUUAAGUAUCACAUUAACAUAAACAAAAAGGGUGGCGUUAAGACGCCCAAAAAGAAAGGCAACGAUAAUCGUUUGGUAAUGCCGAUUGUGCAGUCGUCAGGUGGGCCACAUGUGGUGCGUACCCCCGCUCUGGUUCAAUACGGUUUUGCGAUAUUCUCGCUGCGAGAAAUUCAAAGGACCACCUGGUCUCUUACACAGGUUUUAGGUGUAAGUCCAUUAGAGGGCGUUGUGCACAUGAAAGUUAAUUGUGAACUGUCGGUUUCGGUGGAACACAAAGGAUUUCUAACAAUGUUCGAAGAUAUUUCCGGCUUCGGAGCCUGGCACAGAAGAUGGUGCUAUCUUAAUGGACACGUUGUGAACUACUGGAAGUAUCCGGACGAUGAAAAGAAGAAGACACCAAUGGGUUCUAUUGAUUUGUAUACUUGCUCUUCUACAAAAGUCUCUACAGCACCCAGAGAUAUAUGUGCACGAUUAAACACAAUAAUGUUGGAAUGCCAACGACCAGCACGAGAUGAUGAUGUCGAAUCACAACUCGUUGUGCCAAAUGGCAAGAUGACAAUCGUGCGGCAGCUAUUGUCGGCCGACACAAAAGAGGAACGUGAAGAAUGGUGUGCUUAUUUUAACAAAGCUUUGACUUUGCUUCGGGCGUGGGGUGCUGUUCCUCCACAACACUAAAUGUAUGACACUAUUAUGGAAAUAUCUGAACUUAGGCAAUAAUAAUAAUCAAGGUAGUAAGUUUCGAUUUAUUUCAAAAUGAAAAUGGAAGUACUUAGUAUUCUAAAGAACUUAUAAACUUUUCAAGUAUUUUUAUAAUGACAAGUAUGUUAUUUUAUAACUUAGCUGACUAACUCUAUAACUAUUAUGUUUGAACUUAAAGUCAUUCAAAGAAAAGGAAAAAAAACGUAUUAGAAUAAAUAAUUUAUAAU